GGCGGCGGGCGGCGGGCGGCGGCGGGGGGCGCGUCGGGGGGCGGCGGCCGGCGGCGGGGGGCGCGUCGGGGGGCCGCGGGCGGCGGCCGGGGGCGCGGCAGGGGGGCGCCGGCGUGGAGAGCCGCCCGAGCCCUGUCUUCUUCGCUGAGCACGCGCGGUCGGGAGAAGACCAGGCCGCGCGUUCAGACUUCACUGCUCCAACGAGCAUGUGUCUCUACAUGUGCGAGUCGGGAACGAGCUGGGCGCCGGCAACCCCCGGUCCGCCGCGUUCUCCGCGUGGAUGGUCACCGCGGUGCCGGCGUUCAUGUCGGCCGCAGCCGGCCUCGUCACUUUCCUGCUCAGGGACAAGCUCAGCCACGUCUUCACCGGCGGCGAGGCCGUCUCGCGCGCAGUCGCCGACCUGUGCCCCUUGCUCGUCGGCGCCAUUGUGCUCCGCGGGGUCCAGCCCGUGUUGUCAGGUGUUGCCGUUGGCUGUGGCCUGUGGGUGGCAAGCAACGGUCGCGUACAUCAACAUUGGAUGCUACUACCUCAUCGUCAUACCCCUGGGCGUGCUCCUUGGAUUCAAGUUUGACUUUGGCGUCAAGGGAUUGUGGGGAGGCAUGAUUGGGGGCACCCUCAUGCAAACACUUAUUCUGAUCUGGAUCACGUUCAGGACUGAUGGGAACAGGGAGGUCGAAGAAGCGAGGAAAAGAUUAGACAAGUGGGGCGACACAAGGCAGCCUCUUCUUGCAAACAAAGGAGUGAUUGGUGAUGUCAGGAGUGGAUGGAGAGUCAACAUGCUGCUGCAAGUUGAUCCAAUUCUGCAAUGAUAGACCACUCAAAAGAAAAUUCAGUAAUGCACUAAUGUGCAGUUCAGUCAGUUUCAUAUGAGGUCAUACUAUUUCAGAACCGGCACACUAUUCCUCCUCACCCUAUGGGUCAUGAUACCCUUUUGAGGCA